UAUUUACACAUACUUAACUUGCUUUUUCUAAAGUUUUCUACAUUUUUUUGUUAAAAAGUUUAGCCUUUUUAAAGAGUUAUCUCUUAAACUUUCCUCUUAUCGACCUAAAACCCCCCUUUAAAAUAUCUACAAAAAUGAAUGUAUUAGAAAAAAGACCCCCGGUAGUGUCCGACUUGACAGAAGAAAAACAGCAACAACAACAUGAACAAGAGACAGUCUGUGAUAAAGAAAUUUUACCUACUGCAAUAAUUAUUAGAGAUGUGCCAAAAGAAUUGUUUGACGACCCCGAACAAAAAUCAAAUUUUCGAUCACUUUUUCAACAAAUUACUUGUGACACUGAUCCUAUCCGAAUUGAUUUUCUAAAAAGUUUUCAACGUGUUCGCAUCGUUUUUGAAAAGCCAGAGCAUGCUACAGCUGCAAAAUUACUUGUUGAACACCAUUCAUUUAACGGAGCAAAAAUGAAAGCUUUCUUUGCCAAAAAUAUAAAAAUGGCUAGAAGAGUGGAUCAGGAUGAACAGGGGCAUUUAAAAUUGCCUCCUCUAGAGAAACAAUUUCUUAUAUCACCGCCAAGUUCGCCUCCUGUUGGAUGGGUUCAACACGCCGAAAUGGCCCCCGUUGUCUGUAACCUUGAUUUAAUGUCUCGAUUAGCUUCCUUAGCAGUAGACGACAAAUUUGAACUUUAUGAAGGAGAUGAACACCAACGCAGACCUUCAAUUGUUGUUACGCCUUGUGGAAUAGAUGGGGGAGGAGGAAAAUCAUCAAUUUUUGGGAGAAGAGUAGUUUCUAUGGAUUCUUCAAAUAAUAUUAAUGUUGUGGGGGAAAAUGAUUCUGAUAGUGCAAAUUCUGAAUCUGAACAAAUUCUUCCACCAACAAAAGUGCAAAUGCCACAUACACCUAGGCCACCAACUUGUAAUAAAGAAUAA